GAAGUGACAGGCGGAAGUAGCUUCGACGGAAGCGCUCUGGUCUGUCAAGGGAGGAAAAACCAGCACAGUUUGACACAAAGAGGGUAAUCCCACCAAAUAACACCUUUCUUUCCCCCCUUUUCCUCGACACCGGCGUCAGCUGCGAUGAUCCUGUUAGAAAUCAAUAACCGCAUCAUAGAAGAGACCUUGGCGUUGAAGUUCGACGGCGCAUCCAACGGAACCAAACCAGAGGCCGUCGAUGUGACGUUUGCAGAUUUCGAUGGCGUCUUGUACCACAUCUCCAACCCCAAUGGGGACAAGACCAAAGUGAUGGUUAGCAUCUCCCUGAAGUUCUACAAGGAGCUGCAGGAGCAUGGAGCUGACGAGCUGCUCAAGAGGAUCUAUGGGAAUUAUCUGGUUUCCACUGAGCCUGGCUACAAUGUGUCCCUCCUCUACGAUCUGGACGUUCUACCGGCCAAUAAAGACGAGGUCGUCCACCAGGCGGGGAUGCUGAAGAGGAACUGCUUCGCCUCUGUGUUUGAGAAGUACUUCAAGUUCCAGGAAGAAGGCAAAGAGGGGGAGAGGAGGGCUGUGGUCCACUACAGAGAUGAUGAGUCCAUGUAUCUGGAAGCUAAGAAAGACAGGGUGACGGUGGUUUUCAGCACGGUAUUCAAAGACGACGACGAUGUCAUCAUCGGGAAAGUCUUCAUGCAGGAGUUCAAAGAGGGUCGGCGAGCCAGCCACACGGCUCCCCAGGUGCUGUUCAGCCACAGGGAGCCGCCUCUGGAGCUGAAGGACACAGACGCCGCCGUCGGGGACAACAUCGGAUACAUCACCUUCGUCCUGUUCCCUCGUCACACCAAUGCCAAUGCCAGAGACAACACCAUCAACCUCAUCCACACCUUCAGGGACUACCUGCACUACCACAUAAAGUGCUCCAAGGCCUACAUUCAUACGCGCAUGAGGGCCAAGACAUCAGACUUCCUCAAGGUGCUGAACCGUGCUCGGCCCGAUGCUGAGAAGAAAGAGAUGAAAACCAUUUCUGGGAAAACCUUCUCCCGCUGAGGCCGGCCUCCAUCUGACAAACCCAAAACCCCAGUGGGCAUUUCCAGAUGCUCCAGAAGACUCAACGCCACAUCGGACAGGACUCCAGGAUGCCUCUAAACGCCCCCCUCCCUCCCCACGCCCAGCCUCCCCCCCCCUUCUCCCAAAAAAAAGAAAAAAAAGUGUCCCGCCUCUUCUGGUUUUGUUUUUUUUGUUUGUUUUUUUUUUUUUAAUUUUGAAGAGUAAUAAUGUCAGCUCUACAUAGGGAAAGCAAAGGCUCAAGAUAAAAUGGAAAAAAGGGCAUUCCUUGCUUUGCUUAGUUAAAGAGAAUUAUUAGUCCUAUAUAGAUAUAUAUAUGAACAAAGUGAAUGAAAAUUUUUGAUACGAUAUUUUACUCCAUUUGGUACUCGCUUGCCCCCUCAGCCCUCCCCUCACCACUCAGUGUCCAUAUAUUGGAUGAUUUCAGUUCCCCUCCCCUCUCUGUGCUUUCAUGUCGUCUGUACCAUCGUCAUUUGAGAAAUAAAUCACUCUUUAAAAAAAAAAACCA